CUCGUCUCAGGAUCCAGCUACAGAGACCCACCCGCUCCAACACCCACCCUCCCUCGCCCGACUCACCAUGAGCGUCCCCAACGAGAACAAGACGGGCGCCGUCGUCGGCGGCCACAACUCGGACUCGGCGCAGCUCAAGAACAACACGGUCAUCACGGUCGCGGGCGCUUCGGGCGACCUGGCCAAGAAGAAGACCUUCCCGGCCCUGUUCGGCCUCUACAACAACGGCUUCCUCCCGGACGGCAUCCGCAUCGUCGGCUAUGCCCGCACCAAGAUGGACGAGGAGGACUACCACAAGCGCGUGUCGCAGUACAUCAAGGCGCCGAUCCCGGCCAUGAAGAAGAAGCUCGAGGAGUUCCUCAAGAUCUGCACCUACGUCUCGGGUCAGUACGACGAGGACGGCGGGUUCGAGGACCUCGAGAAGGAGCUCAAGAAGUGCGAGGAGUCGUACUCGGACAAGGACGCGCCCAAGAACCGCGUCUUCUACAUGGCGCUCCCGCCGAGCGUCUUUACCGUCGUCGCCGCCAACUUCAAGAAGCACAACUACUCCGAGGGCGGCAUCAACCGCAUCAUCGUCGAGAAGCCGUUCGGCAAGGACCUCGAGUCGUCGCGCGAGAUGCAGGUCGGCCUCAAGAAGGAGUGGAAGGAGGAGGAGAUCUUCCGCAUCGACCACUACCUCGGCAAGGAGAUGGUCAAGAACCUGCUCGUCCUGCGCUUCGCCAACGUCAUGCUCGACGCCUCGUUCAACAAGAACCUCAUCUCGAACGUCCAGAUCACCUUCAAGGAGCCGUUCGGCACCGAGGGCCGCGGCGGCUACUUCGACGAGUUCGGCAUCAUCCGCGACGUCAUGCAGAACCACUUGCUCCAGGUCCUCUCGAUCCUCACCAUGGAGCGCCCCGUGUCGUUCUCGGCCGAGGACAUUCGCGACGAGAAGGUCAAGGUCCUGCGCUACAUCCCCGAGAUCAAGCCCGAGGACGUCCUCCUCGGCCAGUACGUCGCCAAGGACGACAAGCCGGGUUACCUCGACGACGAGACGGUGCCCAAGGGCUCGAUCUGCCCGACGUUCGCCGCGUGCGUCGUCCACAUCAACUCGCCGAGGUGGGAGGGCGUCCCCUUCAUCCUCAAGGCCGGCAAGGCCCUCAACGAGCAGAAGGCCGAGGUCCGCAUCCAGUACAAGGACGUGACGCAGGGCAUCUUCAAGGAGAUCACGCGCAACGAGCUCGUCAUCCGCGUCCAGCCCAACGAGGCCGUCUACCUCAAGAUGAACUCGAAGGCGCCCGGCCUCGCCAUGCGCACCGUCCCGACCGAGAUGGACCUCACCUACAAGCGCCGCUUCUCCGACCUCAAGAUCCCAGAGGCGUACGAGGCCCUCAUCCUCGACGCGUUCAAGGGCGACCACUCGAACUUUGUCCGCGACGACGAGCUCGACAUCGCCUGGAAGCUCUUCACGCCGCUGCUGCACUGGAUCGACAACGAGAAGCCCAAGCCCAAGGAGUACGCGUACGGCGCGAGGGCUCCCGACGAGUUCGACGAGUUCAGGCGGUCCAAGGUCGGCUACGAGCGCAGCGAGGCGCCGUACAGCUGGCCCUCGACCUCGGUCCUCUAGACGGCUCGCCCGGGGUUUUGGCGCGGUCAAAGUUACAGCCGCGAGUCGGCAGCAUGACGAGGUGGUGGCGGUUGGGAGGGGAGCACAUCGAGGAGUGUACAGGCUCUGUCUACAACGCAAUGAAGGAAGUGUCCCUUACCUCGAC